UAGAGCUGCACAAGCUGGUCCUCGACCGCCCGCUCUAAAUGCUCGCUCCUUUUCACUCCUCCACUUUGCCCAUCCUUCCCUUUCCACCAGGCAUUGCAUCAUUUCCGCCUGCUGGAAACACUCGUUUCCUCCCCAUUCAGCUCAGCGCCAACUGCCCAUUCAUUCUUACCGUCCCUCUUUCUCUAUUUCGGUCAUCCAUGCAAACAUGGUCAAGAAGCUCGCCAGUCGGGGCUCUAGCCUUGCUUCCAGGUUCCCCGCCGACAAGCCCAUCAAUGUCCUCAUCCUUGGUGAGACUGCGAAUGGCAAGAGCACCCUCACCCGCCGGCUGGGCAUUUACAGCGGAAACAAAGCUCCCGAGGUUGUCAUCGGCAAUGGAAACGAGUCUUGCACCAAGAUCGUCAAAUCUCAUCCUGUGUCGACACCUCUUCACAGCUAUUCUCUCAUGGACACGCUUGGCGAGCCUCUCAAGUGCUCUGAUUAUAACGAGCUAGUCGAUUUGGGUUGGGACGAAGUCAACAAGGUUCAGAGUGUGGCCGAGGAGGGCGGCAGGACUUUUCACUUCGAAUUCUUCGACACGCCCGGCCUUGACGACUCCGGUGGUAACGACAUGGCCAUCAUGGCCGACAUCAUCCGCAACAUCGCCACUCUCUCUCAUCUGAACGCCAUCAUCUACGUGCGUUCGAUAGAGCAGCCGUUCGGCCGUGCCUUCAGGACAUGGUACGACUAUCUCGAGCGCUGCAUGCCCAUGCUCUGCAACGGCAUGAUCAUUGUCCACUCUCGCUUCACUGUUGAUGCAGUCGCCAAAGCUGUCUCGGAGGGUGUGGAUCUCGCGCGUGGCCGUCGCGAAGGGUUCGAGGCUGCCACUGGUGGGCACGACCGCAACCCUCAUUUCUUCAUGGAUAAUGAGCCUGAUCCCUACAGCCCAUUCUCCGAAGUCCAGUCGCUUAACAGUUGCUAUCAACUCCUGAAACUGCUGUCCCAGCAACGCCCACUGGAUACAUCCAAUGUCAAGCUUUUCAAGGCCCCCAACAUGGAUUUGCUCGACAGCAAGGCAGUCUUGGCCCUUGGGCUUGUCCAAGACCGCCUGAGAGAGGACCUGAGCCGGAAGAUGGCCGAUGCAUCCAGUGCAAAGAAGACACACGAGCGCGCGAAGAGAGAGGCGACACGCUCCCGCAGGAAGCUGGACCAGUGUGAGGCCGAGCUGGCCCAGCUUGAUAAUGACCACGAGGUCCUGCUUGGCACAAAGUCGGUCCAGGAUGACUAUUCCAUCAUCCAGGACCUGAUUCUCUGCCUCAGAUUUCAACUUCCAAAGCGCGAGGCCAGCUUCACCGCUCACUGCAAGAUCUGCAACAUUGUCAAGCUGACCGAGCCCGGCUCUGAGUGGGUGGAUGAGGAGAGACACCCAGAGACGUGGAGGGCCAGGCUGAAGUCGGGCUUUCUCAGCAGCAUGGGCGGCUCGGCGACAUUCUACACAACGAACCGGAUCAUGCACGCGCGAGAGAUCAAGCGGCUUCGAAACGAACAGAUAGACCUGGAAUCUGAGCUGGAGCAGCACGAGCUUACCGUCAAAGACACCACCGACGAUGGCACCCAUCUGGAUGGAGACGUUGUUAAGCUCGGGGAGGAGCUCGCCAAGGUGGAGCGGGUCAGGGAGGCCCUUGAGCAAAAGUCCAUGGACAUAGCCCUGUGGUCUGAGUUACGGAGACUUUACGCCUCGGGCAAGGCCGGCACGCAGGAGAUCAUCGAGCUUGUGAAGGUGUACGAUCCCGUGAUUGCGCCGCUGAUUACACCGGCCAAAUUCUGAGUUGUACUGGCGUUGCUUUUCGCUGUCGUUUAGGGAGGAGUUAGGCUGUAGGAGGGACUACGCCGAGACUUCCGGCAACACCUGGUGGAUGAGGAUAGUCACUACAUAGACAACAUUCCUGGGACUAAGAUUGCAGGUUCCGUCUACAGAAUGGAAACUGACGAGUCCGUUCUUGUUCGUGGCAGUUUCCUCCCUUAUUUUAUCUAGCCUUUGCUCCCUUGCUUUGUGAAAAUUUUGGUGAAGACUCGUUCUUGCUAUGCAAUGUCUCCGUUAACUUUUUGUGCUACUUAAGUCCUACAGAACGUGCAAUUCAUAUCACCUUGUUCAAAUCAUGCCUAGAGGUGG